AUGGCUUUGAUUAAGAACAACAUCUUUUUCACUUCUUUGCUGAUUUUUGUGACUCUUUUUGGAGUUGCCGUUGGAGGAACCGUUCACAAAGUCGGCAACACGAAAGGAUGGACGAUGAUUGGAGGCGAUUAUGAGGCUUGGGCUUCUUCAAGAGUUUUUCAAGUCGGAGACACUCUGGUCUUCGCAUACAACAAAGAUUACCACGACGUCACGGAAGUCACUCACAAUGAUUUCGAGAUGUGUGAAUCGUCUAAACCGCUAAGGAGAUACAAGACCGGGUCUGACUCAAUCAGUCUAACCAAACCGGGACUCCAACACUUCAUAUGCGGAGUUCCUGGACACUGCAAGAAGGGACAAAAGCUUCAAAUCCAUGUCUUACCGGCCUCAUUGGGUCACGUCGCUGUUCCGGUUCCUGGACCGGUCCGAUCACAAAGCUCUUCUUCGUCUCCUUCACCGUCCCCAUUGGUUGAUCCACCCGUUAAUAAUGCUCCACAGUAUCAGAUGGGACCAACACCAGCUUCACAUAGCGCAGCUUCAGCAGACUUUAUCUUUACUUUCUCUUUUGAUCUUACUUUGAUAGAUUUAUGCACAUUUUUUAUUUUAUUUUUUAUCUUAGUUUGA